UGUUUGUGAGGAAAGGGGCUUGUUACAAAUCAUGACCAGAAGAGAUCUUCCUCUGCUUUUGUUGAUAACUUGUGGUGGUUUUGGUGUUGUUAGAAGUACUGCCUGUGGUGUAUGCCCGGUGGUGCCAUUGCCAUUUUUCCAAAACAAGAGAGUUAGUGUUGGUGUUCUGUGGACCAAGGAAACGACUAGUCCCGCCGAAUGUGCGACGCACUGCUCCCGCUUUGGAGUCAUCAGGUACUUUGGAUUCAAGGACGGUAGUGGAGAAUGCGUGGCAUAUACUGUGCCUCUCACUACACCAGCAGCAACAAAGUAUGUCGAUGAAUCAGGAUUCAACAUGUAUUCCACCUGUGCACCAGUCAACCCUUUCGGCUCCUGUGUCAGCUCUUCAGAUUGUACUGGUGCAGAGACUACUUGUAAUGAUGGGCAGUGUGUGUGUGACAUGAUGCACGUGUACUCACAUGGCAACUGUGUUCAAGGUUGUUCUACCUAUGGUUCGGAAUUCACUACAUUCAGAAAUAAAGACCUUUACGAACACAACGACAAGUUUGUAGGAAACGUCCCUACAAUAGAGAUGUGUAUGGAUUUGUGCUCAGCAGAAACAAAUUUUCUGUGUAUUACAGCAGAUUACGAUUUUACAUAUCAUGGCUGUUACCUGAGCAAAACGGCUUGGUAUGAUGCCCCAUCGCACAUGAUCCAGGACUCUACUCUAUACCAUGGAAUCAUCCGUAACUGUGCUUGAAAUAUGAAAACGAUCCUUGGCUGAAAGGUUCCAAUAAUCAUUCAACCCUCUAUGUUUCGUUUGCUAAAGAAAUCUAUCUUCAACAUAUACACCCGGCCAUAUGAUUGUUUUUGUGUUUGAAAUUCACUGUUCUGAGACCACAGAUUUGCAGAAUUUAAAAAAAAUAAAUAUUUGCAACAUCUUUGACCGGCAGUGCCGCUAAACGCAUAGUUAGGUGAACAGUGCGUAACACUGUGGUGUUAUAACCUUAAGGGAAAUGUUCAUCUCCUGGAUGAAAUUGUAAAACUAGUGAAUUAGUGAGUUUGGGUGGGUGGAUGGGUAAGUGAGUGAUCAAGAGAGUGGCUUCGUGCGUGCCUUUUUUUAGUCUCUAGAACAAGUACAUGUAACACAUUAUUAUCAAAGAAACAAAUUAUGAAGGACAAUUUAAAAAAAGCCAGUCACGUAUGACGCAGGAAGUUUGAAGACUAUUUUAUGUCACAAUCUAAACGUUCGUGCUGUACAUCGCCCACAAUACCAAUUCUACAUGUGUGAUACUCCAGCUGAAUUAUACUUAUACUUUGAGGCGCUGGUGAUUUGUUUCCUGGUAGAAUUUUAUAUAACAAUAUCGCGGCAAUAGCACGUUGAUUUGUCAUUCAAACGAGACGUUAAAACGUAGGCGUGAUGCAACGAAAUGGUCACCACACUCCAUCAGUGUCAGUUGCCAUCAGCAGUGAGUGAGUGAGUGAGUGAGUGAGUGAGUGA